AUGUCGAUGGGUUCCGCCCCAAGCUAUUUUUCCAAGCAAAUUGGCUUCCCUCAACGCUAUGGUAUAGGUCAAGUGAAUAGCAUCUACAGCAAAAAAUUCACUAAAUCAUUAUCAACAGCAGAAGCCAAAGUAUUUUCGGCCAAGAAACACAGUGAGUCAGAGAGAAGACGAAGGAUGCGGAUCAAUAGUCAAUAUGCAGCUCUUCGUAAAAUCCUUCCAAACUUGAUCAAAAUGGACAAGGCUUCUGUGCUCGCUGAGACCGUCCGACAAGUAAGGGAGCUAAAGAAGGUGGUAACAGACAUUGACGCAGCAUGUCGUGGCAGUGGCAGUGAGUGUGUUAUUCCCAGCGGGGUUAACAAGUUGAGUUUAGAGAAGUGUGAAGGCAAGCAAGAAGGUCUUGUGAAGGCAACAUUUAGCUGCGAAGAUAGGGCAGGGCUGAUAUCGGACAUGACUAGGGAAUUGAGGUCAAGGAAAGGGAAGGUGGUGAAGGCGGAGAUGGUGACAGUAGGUGGGAGGACUAAGAUUGUGCUGUGGGUGAAAGGGUUGGGGGCUGGAAGUGAAGGGAUAGUGUCCCUUAAGAAGGCCUUAAAUAAGGUGAUUGUUGACAGGCCAAGCAUUAUUCAGAAGCUACAUCUCCCUAAGCGACUAUGA